CUGCUGCAAUUACUUCGUGCCAUGGAGGUUGAGAGCGGCAAUUUCAAUAGCAACAACAAGACUAAGGAACAAGCUGGAUUUUUUAACAAACCUCCCGGGUACAGAUUCCUCCCAACAGACGAAGAGCUCAUCGUCUUUUACUUGGAGAAGAAAGCAUGGAACCAGCCCCUGCCAAUUAACAACAUAGUGGAAGUUAACCUAUAUGCACAUAAUCCAGAUUUUCUUGCAGCAAAAUACAAGGAUUAUCAAGAAGAUCAAUUAUACAUUUUCACCCCAAGAGAUCGAAAGUAUCGAAAUGGAAGACGGCCAAAUCGAGCUGCUGGUGAUGGAUAUUGGAAAGCCACGGGAGCUGACAGGAAAAUCAAAUCCAAGGGAACCGUAGUUGGGUAUAGGAAGGCAUUGGUUUUUUAUAUAGGAAAGGCUCCAAAGGGUAAAAAGACCAACUGGAUUAUGCACGAAUUUAGAGUCGAGGAUUCACCCUGUAGCGGAAGAGGCUCAAAUGGCAUGAGGGUAUGUAGUUUUUCAUCCUUUUACUAAUUAACAUAUAUGUUCGUUUUAAGGCUCUUAAUUCUAUUCUCAAAAACUGACCAUCAUCAGCACUAAAUCUUGUACCAUGCAGUUGGAUGACUGGGUCUUAUGCAGGAUUUAUAAAAAACCCGUUAAAUCAAUCAAAAUUCAAAUUGAAGAUAAUGUUCCUGCGAUGGUUGGUUCAACUUCUAUGCUAGAUGAUUAUCAUGGGGGAGAUGAUGAGCAUAUAGAUAAGAUGAAUUGUGGAAAUCUCGAAGCUGCCGCCAUUGCUGAUGUUGAAGUACCAAUAAUAGGUGCCCGGGAUAAUAUGCAGAUCACCACGGCCAGUACCUACCAAAAUGGGUUCCAGCAGCCAGAAUCUGCUGCUCAAUGCAGUAACGCUCAUGCUCAUGAUACUGGGGCUACUUUCAAUGACUACUUCAAUUAUGCAAGUCCUCUUGAUCUUCCUGCCACGAUGGUUCCACCAAUUGGAUGGCCCAACUGGGCUGAUAAUUCCCCGGAUCAGACAGUCUUUGGGUCUAACUAUCUAAAUGAACCGAGUGAAUUCCAAGAGGAUCUGUGGAUGAGUUUGCCAUCUCAAUUGGAUCCUAGUAGUUAUAGCUUUUACCAAGAGUCGUAUGUGGAUAGUGUCCCAAAUAAUAAUCCUGAUGAUAUUAAUGGCAGUGAAGAGUCUAACGACUGAUCUUUAACUUGAUGAGGGAACUUUAGUAUUAUUACUGGACUUGACCUUUAUAUAGGAUGAUGAUCUAGCUAGUUUUGGCAGCUAAAUUUAUGUAUUUAAAUGACAUUUUCUACCGGAUUCAUGUAGAUGGUUUUUAUUAAUUCCUAAUAAAACUUCGAUUGAUAUUGUCAUUUACCCUAUGUGUUGCAAAACUCUUGCAUUCAUGUUAAGCAUUGGAUGAAAACAGAAAAAAGAAAAACAUGUCAGAAACAAAACCAAAGCUUACAUGCUCUAAGAUUAUGAUCUUUAACUGAUAUGAUCAGCAUUAUUCAAACAUCAUACACCCUAAAAUCAAUGACAACCAAGCAUAUUAGAG